GUGCAUGCAGCCACUCCCCGCACGUACCACCAGAAGAUACACUAGGUCCACAUCAGUAAUUCCGCUGAAAGGAUCACAACCAUUGUACGUAUGUAAUGCAGCGCCGGAGAAUGCAAGAACGCUGAGAGUGAUUAUGAGACGGGAUGGAUUCGGUUUGUCGAACAGAACAAGAAGACAACAGAGGAAGAUGUACACUUGCGAGACAGAGCCAAGAUCUUGGAACGGUGUCAAUUGCUACAAGAACAGGGUCCUGAAAGCGUCGAUAGAAGGGUCCCUGAUUGUUAAAUGCAAAAGCAGGAAGAGCGCAGGGCGAAGGCUGUCCCAUUCAAAGUCGGGGGCCCUACCUGGCCAAUCCAUCGCACAAUGUGGUCGUCGCUACUCGGCCAACCCAACCCAACUGUCCAAAGCAGCAUCCCAAAUGGUGAUGCCACCAGACCAGGCAUCAUUCAAUGCCCGGUUCCUGGUAGUGGUUAGAUAGAGAGCAAAACGACUGAAGGCAGUUCAAGUAAACCGUUUACCAAGUCAUUAGCCGAUAUGCAAAAAUGGUACGUUCCGGACAGUCCUCUGAACCUCUGAAGGGAUGGGAGACCGCACGAGAACGAGAUGCUGCAACUUGGCGGAGAUCCAUCUGAUUGCACGAAGUUCGCGGCGGCACUUUCCGGCCGUUUCCACUGUCGUUACAAGGCAUCGCGCGUUCAACCCGAGGAUCACUAUCACCCGACGAUACCACCCAGACCACCCACACACUAUGUAUAGAAAGU